UCAAUUGAUUCUCCUCACAAUUCCCCCCUGAGUUUUUACGGAGCGGAUUCGCCGAUCCCGCGCAAUUCAUCAAGCUCAGUUGUGAAUUCAUUGGGAACCAUGGCAACUGGACAACUUUUUUCCAAGACCACCCAGGCAUUGUUUUAUAACUUCAAGCAACUUCCCAUCCAACGGAUGCUUGAUUUCGAUUUCCUUUGUGGGAGAGAAAGGCCUUCUGUUGCUGGAAUCAUAAAUCCUGGUUCAGAGGGAUUCCAAAAGCUCUUCUUCGGUCAGGAGGAGAUUGCAAUCCCAGUACAUUCAACCAUUGAAGCCGCAUCCGCUGCUCAUCCUACAGCUGAUGUUUUCAUUAACUUUGCAUCAUUUAGAAGUGCUGCCGCUUCCUCCAUGGCUGCUCUCAAACAGCCAACUAUCAGAGUUGUGGCAAUCAUAGCUGAAGGUGUGCCUGAGUCAGACACCAAACAGUUGAUAGCUUAUGCAAAGGCAAACAACAAGGUUGUUAUUGGUCCAGCUACAGUUGGAGGAAUUCAAGCUGGUGCGUUUAGAAUUGGUGACACUGCUGGAACAAUUGACAAUAUUAUUCAAUGCAAGCUGUACAGACCUGGAUCUGUUGGAUUUGUCUCCAAAUCAGGCGGCAUGUCAAAUGAAAUGUACAAUACCAUAGCCAGAGUGACAGAUGGAAUCUAUGAAGGCAUUGCAAUAGGAGGAGAUGUGUUUCCUGGCUCAACGCUAUCUGAUCAUGUUCUGCGAUUUAACAAUAUUCCACAGGUAAAACUGAUAGUUGUUCUUGGGGAACUUGGUGGAAGGGAUGAAUACUCCUUAGUUGAAGCCCUCAAACAAGGAAAGAUUAAUAAGCCUGUGGUUGCCUGGGUCAGUGGUACUUGUGCAAGGCUCUUCAAGUCUGAAGUUCAGUUUGGUCAUGCGGGAGCAAAAAGUGGUGGUGAAUUAGAAUCUGCACAAGCAAAGAAUCAAGCCCUACAAGAUGCUGGAGCAGUGGUCCCCACCUCAUACGAAGCUUUUGAAGGAGCAAUCAAAGAAACAUUUCAGAAAUUGGUCGAUGCAGGAAAGAUUGCUCCCCUGAAGGAAGUGACACCUCCACAAAUUCCUGAGGAUCUUAACACCGCAAUUAAGAGUGGGAAAGUUCGAGCUCCUACACAUAUUAUUUCUACUAUCUCAGAUGAUAGAGGUGAAGAGCCAUGCUACGCUGGUGUUGCAAUGUCCUCUAUUAUUGAACAAGGAUUAGGUGUGGGUGAUGUCAUUUCCCUACUGUGGUUCAAACGUAGCCUUCCUCGUUACUGUGCACGCUUUAUUGAGAUUUGCAUCAUGUUGUGUGCUGAUCAUGGACCUUGUGUAUCUGGGGCCCACAACACCAUUGUAACUGCCAGGGCAGGAAAAGAUCUAGUCUCCAGUCUUGUUUCUGGGUUGCUAACUAUUGGUCCCCGUUUUGGUGGUGCUAUUGAUGAUGCGGCUCGCUACUUCAAAGAUGCUUAUGACCGGGGCCUCACACCUUAUGAAUUUGUGGAAAGCAUGAAGAAGAAAGGCAUUCGGGUGCCAGGAAUUGGUCACAGGAUAAAGAGAGGUGACAACAGAGACAAGAGAGUGGAACUGCUACAACGAUACGCCCGCGAAAACUUCCCAUCUGUCAAGUACAUGGAGUAUGCGGUCGAGGUUGAAACCUACACGCUCUCCAAGGCAAACAACCUCGUCCUCAAUGUCGAUGGUGCCAUCGGAUCGCUCUUCUUGGAUCUCUUAGCUGGUAGUGGGAUGUUCACUAAGCCCGAGAUCGACGAGAUUGUCGGGAUCGGUUACCUUAAUGGGCUUUUUGUCCUCGCCCGCUCCAUUGGUCUCAUCGGGCACACAUUUGACCAGAAGAGAUUGAAGCAGCCACUAUACCGCCACCCAUGGGAAGACGUUCUCUACACCAAGUGAAAACCCUUUCGUUUCAAUCAUCACAUUAUUGAUUCCAGUUUUUCUGUUCUUCAUCGAUCAUCAAUUUCAUCCACGCAUAAAUUGAAUUAUGUGACUUUUAUGAUAUACACCUCAAAUUUUUUUUAAUUUUUUUUGUGUGACAUUAUGGAGUAGAUAAUUUUUUAUACUCGUAUUAUACUCUCUCCGUUCCACAAAAAAGUUACUGUUUUGAC